UGUAUCACAAUACAAUUCCCUUUUUGCUCUCUCCUAAGCUAUAAAUACAGGCAACCACUCUUCCCUUCUACCCGCUUCCAGCUCAAUUAUAAUAUCACCGUAGCUACACACAAAUACACAAACACACAUACACAGAGCAUUAAAUGGGUACCAUUGGAGCAAUGGAAAAGCCACAUGCCAUAUGUAUCCCCUAUCCAGCACAAGGCCACAUCAAUCCCAUGAUGAAACUUGCGAAGCUCCUUCACUUUAAGGGCUUCCAUAUCUCCUUCGUCAACACCCACUACAACCAUAAGCGCCUGCUCCGAUCCCGAGGUCCUUCCUCCCUCGACGGCCUCCCAGAUUUUCGUUUUCACUCCAUUCCCGAUGGUCUUCCGCCAUCUGACGCAGAAGCCACCCAGUCAAUCCCUGACCUCUGUGAAUCUGUUCCUAAACACAGUCUGGAACCAUUCUGUGAGCUGAUUACCAAGCUUAACUGUGUGCUGCCGGUGAGCUGUAUAAUUUCCGACGGAUGCAUGAGCUUUACACUUGAAGCUGCAAAGAGAUUUGGGCUGCCUGAGGUGCUAUUCUGGACGACAAGUGCUUGUGGGCUUUUGGCUUACACUCACUAUCGCGAAUUUGUUCGAAAGGAGUAUACUCCGCUCAAAGAUAUGAGCUACGUAACAAAUGGAUAUUUAGAAACAACGUUAGAUUGGGUUCCUGGGAUGAAAAACAUCAAAUUAAGGGACUUCCCAAGCUUCAUUCGAACCACAGAUAUAAACGACAUCAUGCUCAACUAUCUCAUGACGGAAGCUGAGACUCUCCCUAGAGGCUCUGCUGUGGUCCUUAACACAUUUGAUGCCUUAGAACAAGACAGCGUUAAUCCCAUACUUGCCAUGAACCCACGAACAUUCACCAUAGGCCCACUUCACCUGAUGCAAGAACAUGUGCAUGAUGAACGACUCAAACAAAUUGGGUCCAAUCUGUGGAAGGAAGAUGUGAGCUGCAUCAAUUGGCUUGACACGAAAGAUCCUGGAUCAGUUGUUUUUGUCAACUUUGGAAGUAUUACAGUUAUGACGAAAGAACAACUCACUGAGUUUGGGUGGGGACUUGCUAAUAGCAAGAAGGAUUUCUUGUGGGUAACGAGGCCAGACAUCGUGGGUGGCAAUGAAGCCAUGAUGCCACCUGAAUUCGUUGAUGAGACCAAAGAGAGAGCCAUGAUGACCAGUUGGUGCCCUCAAGAACAGGUUUUAAAGCACCCAGCAAUUGGGGGAUUCUUGACACAUAGUGGAUGGAACUCAACUAUUGAGAGUAUUAGCAGCGGUGUUCCAGUGAUUUGUUGGCCGUUUUUUGCAGAACAGCAAACAAAUUGUCGAUAUAGUUGUGUAGAAUGGGGGAUAGGAAUGGAAAUUGACACAGAUGUGAAGAGAGAGGAGGUGGAGGCUCAGGUGAGGGAGAUGAUGGAUGGGAAGAAAGGGAAGAUGAUGAAAAGCAAGGCCUCAGAGUGGAAGAAGAAAGCCGAAGAAGCUGUUGCUAUUGGUGGAUCUUCUUAUCUCAACUUUGAUAAAUUAGUUAGUGAGGUGCUAUUGAUCAGAAAAUGAACACUGCAUUUCGUUGCUAGUGGUUAAUGUGUUGCAAAAAAGUUACGAUUUACGACGACUGUGGCUGAAUACACAAUAAUUAUAUCAAGAUGUUUUGCUGCUAUAUUGUUUGUUUUUUAAUUUUUGAAACCUUGUUUAAUAAAUGUUCUAUUUAACUUCAAUCACCGUAC